AUGCCCGGGAAGGAGAAAUCCCGCCGGCCCAGCGUCCUCGACGCCCUGGUCUGGUUCGCAGGCGGCUCACCCCACAAGGAAGCCAAGGACUACGUCAAGGACAGGAUGAAGGACAAGAAGGAGCGGGAAAGGAGGCAAGACCCACCAUCCUCAUCAACCUCCUCCUCCCACCACCGACGUAAAUCCUACGCCGGCGACAAGAACGCAGGCCCCAGCUACCCUCCCCCUCCCCCCCAACUCUCAAGAGAAACCAGCAGCUACCACACCCCUCCCCAGUCCCGCUCCCGACGCCAUAGCGGCGUCCCCGUCCCCCUGCCCAUCCCAACCCCCAUCAUCCCCGACAUGACCGACAUCCGAGCCAAAUACGGCUACGGCGCCCUCCCUCCUUAUCCCACGCCCACCAUUGCCCGGUCGCGCCCCCAGCCUACACCGGCGCUUGUCCCCCCACACCUGCGCCCGCGCGCGUCGGAAUAUGGUGAGAUGUCCCCUUAUUCCUCUGACCCCGACCCGGUUUCGGUCUCGGACCCGGUCUCGGUUUCAACACCAACACCAGGACCGGCACCACGGUCGGCACCACGAUCGACACCAGCACCAGGGCCGGCACAACCGAACUCGUCGCCAUGGUCAUCGUCCCCGUACAGUCCUCACCCAGCACCGCACCUCGACUCCUCCCCGCUUAGUCGUCUGUCUGCUUUGGCGCCACCGUCGCAGUACCCCGACCCCCAAGACGUCUGGUCGUCGUCGGUCUAUUCUGCCGAUUCCCCCCCACCUGCGCCGAGUAUCAAGCCCGGGCCCGCGGCCGCGCCGAGUGUGAGUGGCAGUGACACGGUGGUGGGGACGGAUGAGGAGUUCCGGUCGCCGGUGUUGAAUUUUGCGACGAGGGGUAAUCUUACUAAUUAUAAUGGGAGUAAUAAUGGGAGUGGUGGUGGGAAUAGUAAUAGCGGUAAUCGUCGGCCGGAUCCGUUGGAGAGUUUUGCGAGGAGGUUUGAAGUUCGGUCGGGGAGUGAUCUUGCUGGUGGUAUUGGUGUUGGUGGCGGGGAUGAGAGGCCUCAGCAGCGGCCGACUCAGCCGUCGCCGGGGAGGUUAUUUCCGCAGGGGUUUCCGGAUAAUGGGUGGAGGGAUUUAGGCCGGGAUCGGGAUAGGGACUGGGCGAGGCCGGAUCCGACUACGCCCACUCCUGUUCCUGUUUGGAGGCGGGCUUCAGUUAGUUAUGAGAGCCGUCCUGAUGCCGAUCGUCGUGAGCAUAGGAGCCGCGAGCAUAGUAGCCGUGAGCAUAGCAGCCGCGAGCAUAGCAGUCGUAACCGAGAGCGCCGUCACUCUGUCAGCAUAGAGCAAGACAACAGCCCUCCCGUGGGCCUUAGCCGGUGUGGUUCUGUGAGUAGUCAUGACCGGGGAGGUUACGGUGGGCUGGGAAAUCCCAGUGCGGAACAAGACGAGGAUGACUCGAGCCGCCGGAGAAGGAAGAGGUCGUCUAUGUAUCCCCCGAAUUCGUGGAGGAGGCUUUGA